AUGCUUCCAGAACCAAUACAAAGAGGUCGGUACACUCACCUUGCCCCGUCAUCCUCCAGCACUCACCUUCACCGUCAUCAUCCUCCAUCACUCACCUUCACCGUCAUCAUCCUCCAGCACUCACCUUCACCGUCAUCAUCCUCCAGCACUCACCUUCACCGUCAUCAUCCUCAAGCACUCACCUUCACCGUCAUCAUCCUCAAGCACUCACCUUCACCGUCAUCAUCCUCCAGCACUCACCUUCACUGUCAUCAUCAUCCAGCACUCACCUUCACCGUCAUCAUCCUCCAGCACUCACCUUCACCGUCAUCAUCCUCCAGCACUCAUCUUCACCGUCAUCAUCCUCCAGCACUCACCUUCACCGUCAUCAUCCUCCAGCACUCACCUUCACCGUCAUCAUCCUCCAGCACUCAGCUUCACCGUCAUCAUCCUCCAGCACUCACCUUCACCGUCAUCAUCCUCCAGCACUCACUUUCACCGUCAUCAUCCUCCAGCACUCACCUUCACCGUCAUCAUCCUCCAGCACUCACCUUCACCGUCAUCAUCCUCCAGCACUCACCUUCACCGUCAUCAUCCUCCAGCACUCACCUUCACCGUCAUCAUCCUCCAAGCUCUCGGAAAACUGGUUCCGGAGUGCCCCAUGAAGCAUUGUGUGAGAUCAACGGCAAGUUCCCGAAAUUCUGA